AUGGUGGUCCUCAACAUCUUAGAAGAUCUCGAGACUCUUCGCCUACUAUCGAAGCUCGUACCUGAGUAUUGUCCAGGAUUGGACGAGGAAUCCGUGUGUCACAUGGCCUUCGAGCUCAUAUUCGCGUUCGACGAGGUCAUUUCGCUGGGCCACAAGGAGAACGUGACUAUAGCGCAGGUGAAGCAGUACACGGAGAUGGAGAGCACGGCGGAGAAGCAGUACAAGGCGGACAUGCUGAGCAAGAUCAACGAGACCAAGGACCUCAUGAAGAAGAAGGCGCAGGAGAUCGAGAAGCUCCGGGCGGACAAGAGAGUCGAUCGUGGGGGGAUUUCUGGCGGGUUGUCCAGCAUGGGUCCGGGCGGGGGAGGGCGGGCGGGCGGGAGUAUGGCGGCGCCGUCCAAGGGCAUGGGCAUGAAGCUGGGCAAGUCCACCAAGACGAACCAGUUCCUCGAGUCGCUCAAGGCGGAGGGCGAGAACAUCGUCGAGGACGUCAUGUCCGCCGUCGCUGGUCCGGGUGUCGCGGGCGCUGCUGCUGGCGGGCCAGCGGCGUUCGUGGCGACGGACCCGAUCACGAUCCUGGUGGAGGAGAAGGUGGUGGUGGUGUGGAAGCGCGACGGCGGGCUGGAGAACAUGGAGGUGCAGGGCACCAUGGCGCUCACCGUGCUCAAGGAAGAAGACGCCUUCAUCCGCAUCCAGAUCGAGGGCGGGCAUGACAAGAGCUUCCAAUUCAAGACGCAUCCGAACAUUGACAAGGCGCUGUACGGCAGCCAGAAUAUCCUGGGCCUCAAGGACCCCAACCGACCCUUCCCCACCGGCAGCCCGCUCGGCAUCCUUAAGUGGCGCAUGCAGUCCAAGGACGAGACCGUCGUCCCCAUCAGCAUUAACUGCUGGCCCUCGGUGUCAGGUGCAGACACGUAUGUGAACAUAGAGUACGAGGCCACGCAGGCCUUUGACCUGCGCCACGUGGUCGUUGAGAUCCCGCUGCCUGCUCUGCGUGAGGCGCCCACGCUCAAGGACUACGACGGCGAGCCCAGAUAUGAUUCGAGGAGAUCCGUGUUGGAGUGGUGCAUCGACCUCAUCGAUAACUCCAACCGCAAUGGGUCGAUGGAGUUUGUGGUGCCGGCCACCAACCCAGACGUCUUCUUCCCCAUUGAAGUGCGCUUCACGUCCGCCAAGACAUUCUGCGACGUCAAGGUGGUAUCUGUGACUCAAGCAAGCAGUGGCCAACCAGUCAAGUUUGCAGGGAGAACACAGAUGAGUGUGGAAAGCUACCAAGUCGUUUAG